AUGGCUUUGCUCUCAGCCUUCCUUAACGAAACCCCCGACCUAGAAGAAUCACGGAACACGAGGUACUAUACGCAUUCAGGUUCGACCGUUAGCGUCGACGGUUCCUGUCACUCAUAUAGUGAGACAUGGCUGAACCAGUUGCUUUCGUAUGGAGUAAACCCCAGAAAAAGAAAGUGCUUCUAUAAAUCAAGCAGCCCCGAUAAUGCUGAAAACGAUGAAAGACCUUCUAAAUUAUUCGAUGAUGAUGAAUUCUACCACUUGGAUGAAUACCGGUUGGAUGAAUACCGGUUGGAUGAUGAACUCUACGACUAUUCAGGAAAUGCAUCAAGUGAUUUAGUAAUUAAAAUCAACUCGUCGGGAAACGAAUCAGAAAAUGAACCAGGAAACGAAUCAGAAAUGAAUCAGGAAAUGAAUCAGGAAAUGAAUCAGGAAAUGAAUCAGGAAAUGAAUCAGAAAAUGCCCGAUCAAGCAAUGGAUCGGGAAAUGGAUCCUAGGUCCAAACUAGGCUAA